CUGGGUCGUCGUGGGGUCCUCGGCCGGCUAGUUGAUGCCCAGCGGCUGGAAGAGGCCGAUGUCGUUGACCCACCCCAGCUGACCCCAACCGAACUGACAGUCGUCGUUGCCCAGGUGGCUGUUGAAGCCCUUGACCACACCAGUCAGCCCAUAUCGGGCCGCCUCGUCCAGCCGAGCCCGAUGCACCACCUCACGCAGACCCACCCGCCGCACAGUCGGCCCCUCUCUGACGGCGAAGCACUGGAGGGGCACCCGCACCACCCGGCCGCCCACAUUGGCCAUGCCGCCGAUGACCUCCUCAUUGUCGGCCGUCUUGGUCGCCGCGCACUUGACGAAGCGCUGCAUGGCCCUCUUGAUGCGGUGGGCCACCACGGGCUGCCCGAGGGUGAUGGUGUCAACGGCCUCUGGCUCGUGGAGGAAGGCACCGAUCUUCCAGGCCACCUGGGCCGUCGCAUCCGUGAGGGCAAAUGGGGAGGGGGCAGCGGGGGCAUGUGCUGCAGCAGCAGUGGAUGUGUCAGUGGCGGUGGUGGGUGGGGCGGGGCGGGCGAGGGGCAGCAGGCGCGUCAGCACGCUGGCGGCGUCUCGCUGGGGAUUGAGGGCGCCGUUGACGCCGUCCAUGACGGCCUUGGGCAGCUUGUCGUUGAGGACGGUGAGGUACUCGGCCAACACCACACUGUGCGCAUCUCGAGCUUGCUGCCUGGCGUCGGGUGGCAGCUGCUGUGGAGUCCGCACCAUGGCGAUGGCUGCCCCCGAUGUCAGGAGUGUGCGGAUGGCCCGCUGCAUCCCGCUGACCGUCGCAUCACGCGGCACUAAGGGAUCCUCCUCACCAUCAUCUUGGCUGCGCAACUCGGCGACCCUCCUGGCAGCGAUGCCCAAAGGCGUCCGGUGGAAGCGAAAGGGCCAUGGAUCUGUGGCUGUUUUGAUCUGUGCGGGGCUGAGAUGCUGACACAGCCACUCGAUCACGUGAUAGGACGAGUUGCGUGCCGCCUCCGGCAGGACCGCCGACUCGUCGAUGCUGGCGCCGUUGUCCAUCAUCAGCUGCAGGUAGCCGUGGAUGAAGCCCUCCGAGUAGGUGCGGCCAACCAUGGCUGCACGAUGGAUGACAUUGCUGCCAACAAUUGCCUCGUUGGCGAGGGAGGGGUCGAGCUUGACGAGGUAGGUGUAGAUGCCCAUCAUGGCCGCCUCGUACUGUUCGCUGGAACGCACCCCCCGUCGCAGGAAGGCCAGCUUCCGCCCUCUCAGAUCCGCCCCGCUGGCCACGAGGAUCUUGACGGCCGUCAGGUUGGCCACAGCGGCAGCACCAGCCGUCCAGCGUCCGUGCCCGGCAACCCGAUGCCUAGGGGGGCUUCGAGCGCCGUGGGAGUGCUCCAGUCGUCGAUGGCCAAUGACAGCAGACACACUCGCAGCCAACGCUCGUAGCGCUCGUGACCAGAGGUCCAGGUGGUGAUGAGGUCAAUGCACACUCGUGGGUCGGCCCCCUUGCGAAUGAGCCGCUGGAUGCCGUCAGGUGUGAUUGUGCGUCGCAGGAUGCCCUGGACGAGCCGCUUGGUGGCCGCAUUGGUGCCGGGCGGGAAGCGGACCUUCACAUUCUCUAUCACAUACGGCUGCUGCUGUGGCUGCUGUGGUUGCUGUGGUUGCUGUCCGGCUGGUGAUGAAGCGGACAUGAUCCUCAAAAUCUGCACACAGCAGAGCCACGAAUACAGAGUGUUGUCAUCGCACUCGGUGUGGCGCAUUGUGCUGCGCUGCUGUACCUGAGAAAUGGGCACUGACGAACCCCGUGACGCUCCGAUGAGGCAGUCACGUCGAGGAACCUACUCCUGCGCACCUGAUCUACUGCAAGGGCUCGUCAGUCCGUCGGCAGCUGGCUGCUGACUCCUCCGAAGCUAUGAAACAACAACAGUGCUACCUGCAAGGACAGGCAGAAGCGCACAUGCAACCGUUGCUUUUGGCCAGAUCUGCAUCUUUACCUCUUCCCCGCCUACCAGAGAUCCACAACGAUGUUUGAAAGCUUCACUCCGGG